AUGACCUCGGAUAUCUGUUAUGAGAGCUAUAAAACAACACCAUCGAUCCUUUUGGCUAUUUAUAAUAAAUGUCUUGAAAUAGGCUAUUUCCCAAAGAUAUGGAAAAAAGCAAUCAUAAAAAUUAUUCCGAAGCCUGGAAAAGUAGACUAUACUGUACCUAAAGCAUAUCGUCCAAUUGGCUUGUUGCUAGUAUUUGGAAAAAUUUUAGAAAAGCUCUUUGUAGGCAGAUUACUCUGGCAGCUUGGAAGGGAAGGAAAAUUCAGCAAUCGACAAUAUGGUUUUAUGCCACAACGUAGUACAGAGGACGCACUAUAUGACAUAAUGACAGUGAUAAAACAAGGCAUAAAAGAAAAGAAGAUAGUUGUUAUGGUAUCCCUCGACAUAGAAGGGGCUUUUGACAAUGCUUGGUGGCCCCAAAUAAUAAAAGAAAUCCAAAGGAAAAAUGUGAACAUACACAACCUAAGGCUCAUUACCAGCUAUCUGUCUUCAAGGAGUGUUAUAGUGAAAUAUGCAGGAGCAAUAGCCACCAAACCUACAACUAAAGGAUGCAUACAAGGAUCGACCUGUGGACCCAUACUCUGGAACAUCCUUCGCGACCCCCUUCUUGAAUUAAGUUCAGAUAUGGAUGUACAUCUUCAGGCAUUUGCUGACGAUAUUCUUAUCAUCGCAAAAGGAAACUCAGCAAAAGAUGUAGAAGACAAACUUAAUCCAGCUUUAGAGAAAAUAGUAACAUGGGGCAAAAUGCACAUAUUAAAUUUUGCACCACAUAAGACACAAUCUAUCGUAAUAACCAAAAAGUUAUCUUACGAAUUACCUAUAAUUAAAAUGGACAAAAUUAUUAUACAACCAUCUACAAGUCUAAAAGUACUUGGCGUCACCAUCAAUAAAAAUUUAAACUUCGUAGAACAUCUAGAUGAAGUCCUCGGGAAGGCAAUAAAAAUUUACAAAAUGAUAGCAAGAACAGCUAAAGGUCAUUGGGGACUUCAUUCUGAUAUAGUAAAAACAAUAUAUAUAGCAGUAGUUGAACCAACCAUUCUUUAUGCAGCAAAUGUCUGGGCUAUGACGGUGAAAAAAGAAUAUAUGAAGAAAAGACUGGAGCGCAUAACAAGAAUGUUCGCAAUCAAAAUCUGUAAAGGUCACAGAACAGUCUCUUUCACGUCUAGCGUUAUACUGGCAGGAAUAUUCCCUCUCGACUUAAGAGCAAUGGAACGACUUUCGCUCUACGAAAUAAAACAAGGAAAGCCACUGAACCAACUUCCGGGAAGAGACAUCGAAAAACCAAUAAGUCCUUUUUGCCUACCCCAUCCUGCUGAAAGAUGUCGCAUGUCUUUUGAGCUGAUAAGCUCUCUAGAUCAGGAACAAGCAAUAGACUGCCUAAAGCCAAGGUCAUAUACGGAUGGAAGCAAGCUGGAAGGGAAAGUUGGUGGCGCUGUCAGUGUAUGGAAAGAUGGCAGCGAAAUACGUAAGUUUACCUUUCGGCUAGAAAGUUAUUGUAGCGUUUAUCAGGCAGAGCUUGCCGCAAUAUUAAAAGCGUUAGAUAUGGUGUGCAAGUUCGGCGAAUUGAAGAAAGGAAUAAUCCUAAGCGAUUCACGUUCAGCUCUAGAGUGCCUAACGGACAGCUCGUCCCUUCAUCCUUUGGCAGCUGAAAUACGAGAGCGCAUAAGAUCAUUAGUAAAUAAAAACGGCGAGGUUAAAUUUUACUGGAUAAAGGCACAUAUCGGUAUACCUGGCAAUGAAAGGGCUGAUGAGCUUGCCAAAAAGGCUGCACUAUCCAACAAACAAGCACCAGUUUAUGACAAGUGUCCGCUAUCCUUCGCGAAGCGACUAACCAGGGACUCUACCUGCGUGAAGUGGCAGCAGCGAUAUAGCGAAGCAGCAACAAGAGCAGUCACGAAAAAUUUCUUCCCUGACGUAAGAGAAGCUCACAAGACACUGAAACAGAUAAGAAUGGACAAUAUUAAAGCUCAAUUAUUAACUGGUUAUGGAGGAUUUAAGGCUUAUUUGUUUAAGUUCAAGUUGGCGCAAUCCCCAUCUUGUGUUUGCGGUAAUGAAAUAGAAGAAAAAAUUGAACACCUGCUAAUAGAUUGUCCUAGAUUCACUAUUCAAAGAAUGGAAUGCGAGCACAAGAUGGGAAUUGCAAUCAAUAUAACAAAUUUAAAGUAUGUAAUUAACAAUGAUGACUGCCGUAUCCAUUUUCUUAAAUAUGCAGAAUAUGUCGUUAGGUGUGCAGGAAAAGCGAAUGGAUCGAAAGUAGAUAUUUAA